AUGGGGUUCUGUGGAAGCACGGACUUUCUCGUGGUUUCGUCCCUGCUAAGCAUGGAGAAUCCAAGGGGCAAGGAGUGGAACUGCACAGAAAAAUCAAAGGAAGGUGAAUGCCAAAUGUUUAGUCAGCCAAGCACAUCUUUGGCAAAGGCCCCAGCAAAGGAGACAAAACGAAAAAAGUCAGUGAAUGAUAACAAAGAUACUAAUUCAAAAAAGAAAGCACAAGACACUGACACUCCAAAACCUCCUCGUAAGAAAGUAAUAGUUCCUCCCUUGCCUGUCAUCCUGCCUCCAGUCAACGAGAUUCACCGGGAUGUUGUGCGGGGUUGGUGCCAGAAGUUAAAGCUGAGCACCAGAGGCCAGAAAUUAGAUGCAUACAAACGACUUUGGAAAUAUGCUUACCCAGACCAAAAGCCCUAUAUGGAUAAUAUUCCUGACACAUCACAAGAGGCCAGGGUGAAGACAACCCAAAAAAAACUGAAGACAGAAAAGGUGGAAAUGCUGUGUUCCGACGGGACUUCUCCCUCUGAAGUGAUCCUUACACCUGCGCAUUUGCCUGCCCUUAAUGAGACCCCUGUUCUCUAUGAAGAAGUCAGUACCACUGUAGUGACCACCUCUGCCCCUGAGGCAGUGUUGGCCUCUUGGGCCAGAAUUGCAGCCAGUGCUGGGAGGAUGGAAGCAGAGGAGCCGCAGCCACCACCACCACCAGAGGCCCAAGGGUACAUGUGGUGUGUGGUCCAUGGGAAAAGUCUCCCUGCAGACUCCAGUGGUUGGGUUCGGCUGCAGUUCCAUGCUGGACAAGCCUGGGUACCUGAAAAGAAAGGGAGAGUGAGUGCCCUCUUCCUGCUUCCUGCCUGCACAUUUCCACCCCCAAACCUGGAGGACAACAUGCUAUGCCCCAGAUGUGUUCAAAGGAACAAGGUCUUAAUUAAGAGCCUCCAGUGA